AUGAGACUGCCAUCUUUCUUCAUCUUUGCAACUGGAGCCAUUGCGGCUCCUGGCGCUUCUUUGUAUGCUAGGGCUGCUGCCACUGAUGCGUGCACAGUCGGGUACUGUACACAGAAUGGCGGAACAACGGGAGGAACAGGCGGUACCCAAGUGACGGUAACGACUCUCAGUCAAUUAACCGCGGCUGCUAUUGCCGAUGGCGCGUCGAUUAUCUUUGUGCAGGGCAGCAUCUCUGGCGCUGCCAAGGUUCAAGUCGGUUCCAACAAGUCGAUCAUUGGCAAGACAGGCAGUUCCCUCACCGGCAUUGGCCUUACUAUUCUGGGGCAGAAGAACGUCAUUGUUCGCAACAUGAAGAUUUCCAAGGUCGAGCACGAUUAUGGCGAUGCCAUCACCAUUCAGAAAUCAACCAAUGUCUGGGUUGACCAUUGUGAUCUCUCUGCUAGCAGAGACGGCGACAAGGACUUCUAUGACGGCCUGGUUGACUUGUCCCAUGCGGCGGAUUGGGUGACGAUCUCGCACACUUAUUUCCAUGACCAUUCCAAGGGAUCACUGGUCGGGCACUCGGACAACAACGCAGCUGAAGACACUGGCAAACUCCAUGUGACAUACGCCAACAACCAUUUUUACAACGUUCGAAGCCGCGGCCCUCUUCUCCGAUUUGGCACUGCUCAUCUCAUCAACCAAUACUACAAUACUAUGGACACCGGUCUCAACAGUCGCAUGGGUGCACAAGCACUAAUUCAGUCCUCUGUUUUUGAGAAUGUCGGGAAAAAGGCCAUCUUCAGUGAGUCCAGCGAUGAGGUCGGCUAUGUUGUUGCGGAGGACGUUGUUCUCGGCGGAGAGAGUCAGAACACAGCCUUGACGGGCACUUUGAGCACCAGCAGCAUGCCAUACAAGUUUACACUUCUCGGUUCCGGUAAGGUUGCCUCGACAGUCCCCGGAGAGGCCGGUCAGAUCCUUAGCUUGUGA